AGUAGUUCAUAUUAUUUCGCAACAGUUGUGGUUGUUGCACCAGUAACAUUGCCAUUGUUUCCGAUUCAAAAUUCGUGUACACUGCUUAGGCUGAUAAAAUAACCUUGAAUUAAUGCUGCUGUUACACCAACUAUAUCUUGCACAAAGCAAACAAGGGAUAGCAAAAUAUUAAAAUGAUCAUUCACAUAAAAGUGGGAUAGAUUUUGACCACAUGAUUUCUUCCCUUUAGAUUUUCUGACAAAUUUUAUAUGCAUUUCUUAUCCACACCAAUGUUGUUGUCCCCUGCAUACAUACUAGUUCUAAGGUUGCACAACACAAAGUGACGUUGUGAUGCCAUGUAGUCAUAUAGAUAGUUACCAACAUUUGGGUAAACCCACUGCUUCCUCCUUGAGAGCUGAAGUUGUGUAAUAUGAUUGGAAAGGGACAUGAAUCAAACCAAGAUGGUCACAUAGUGUUCCACUUGCAAACAAUGGAAGGGUAUCAAACACUUGGAAAAUUCACUAAUGGAAGUGGUGUUGGAAGUGAUAUUUAUGUUGAGUGAAUCAUAGUAUGGUGACAUAUAUGUGGGAGACCACAGUAUAUAUGGGAGGACAAUAUUAAAAUUAAUCUUAAAACAUACAAUUUGAAGAUAUGUACUAAUUCAUGGUCAAGUAAUAGGCAUUUGUGAACAUGGUAAAUAACCUUUGAGUCCCAUUUUAAAUGGGAUUAUCUUGGCUAGGUGUCUGCAGGAGAUGGCCUACCACAACAAAUAUGCCACAAAUGCCUCCACCAAGUGAAUAAAUGGUAUAAAUUCAGAGAACUGUGCAAGAAUGCUGAUGUGUUUCUGCGUCAGUAUAUCAGCAAAUUAGAACAGAAUCAAUUUCAGAGCACCACAGCACAGACAAACUUGAUUUCAAAUCCAACCCCUGACAUGCUGCUGCUACCCCUGUCUGCUAAUCUGUUGUUUGGAGUUAGAAGCAACCCAGAAGGAGUCAAGGAGGAGCCCAAACACAAUGAAGACAGCAGCAAAAGUUACAACAACAAACACAGCAGUCUCCAAUGUCAAGAAAACCAAAGCACUGAACAUCAUUUUGGGACAUUACCUGAAGCAUUCUUAGAAAGUGGUGGUCCCCUACAAGCAAGGGAAUCUUUAUUCUGCAGUAGCAAUAGACAAGAGAAAGAUACAGUUAGUACUGUUGAUGAGAGUGUGCAUCAGAUUCUAAGUGUUGACUUACCUAGUUACAAAUGUUGUAAAGGCAGACAUCCAUGUGUAGUGUUUAAUCCAGAGGAGAAACAGAAAACCCAUGUUUCAGGGACUGGUACUGAAAACAUUUUGCUGCAAACAGAAACAGAUUCUUCAGACAAUAACUGCAAUGGAGACAUGGUAACAAAGUAUCAAGUAACACACACUCACAUUCCAGACAAUAAAAUGGAUGAGAAUAAUACUCCAACUAUAUCACAGAAUGCCAAAUGUAACCUCAGUGACUAUGUCAAUUCUUCAAACAGAUAUUAUAAAUGCCAUAAAUGUGGAAAUACUUACGCAAUGGACAUCAACCUCUUAUUCCACAUAUGCCAUUCCAUGAAUUCCAAAUGUUAUAUAUGCAACAUAUGUGGAAAUGAGUUUGCAUUAAUGAAGACAAUAAGGUCCCAUGCUGCUUACCACACUGGGAAAUAUCAGUGUAAUUUUUGUGGAAAUUAUUUCUCAGCAGAGAUACAUCGGGAUGUGCACAUGCGUAAACACACGGGUGAGAAACCCCACAUUUGUAACCUCUGCGGAAAGACAUUCAUGUAUAGCAAUAGUUUGGCAUAUCACCUGAACAUUCACAAGGGACAGAAUUCUUUUGUAUGCGACAUCUGUGGGCAUCGUUCCUUCUCGAAGGGGAAUUUUGAACGUCACAAAGCCUCGCAUACAAAAAUCAAACCACACAUGUGUGAAAUAUGUGGAAAGGCUUUUACAGUUAAUGUAGACCUCAAGAGACACCGUUUAACACAUAGUAAUGAUAAGAAUUUUAUAUGUGAUAUUUGUGAUAAAAGAUUCAAGACAGCUGCCAUCCUAACAAAUCACCAGCGGCUUCAUACUGGUGAACGGCCAUACAGUUGUGAUGUUUGUGGGAAGAGAUUUGCUAGGAAUGAUGGGCUAAAAGAGCACAGGUUAACACACACUGGGGAGAAGCGUCACUCUUGCACACGAUGUGGAAAACAGUUCACCUGGUCCAAAGGACUCAGAAAGCAUAAGUGUGAUCCUGUCUGUUUUUAGUAUUGAACCGUCUAACUGUAAAGCUGUGCAAGAAUUUCCAGACAAUUUUUUUUUUGUGUGUGUACUAUUAUUACACUGAGAUAAUCUGUGUCGUGAAGAAAAUAUGUCUACAUGUUGGUAAAUGAUAGCUGUAAUUUAUUAAGCCACAUGAUUUUUAUAUUUCUAUGCAACAUUGCAUUUGAAUGGGACAUUUAUGCUUCUGUAGUACAUGUCUUAAUUUCCCAGUGUUUUUUGUGUGCUGUGAUUGUAGAGAAGAUAAUUUUUAUACAUGGUGUUAAUAACCUGAGUUAACUCAGGAUAAUAAUCAUUGCAACUAUACAAAGAAUACUUUGCACAGUAUGAUUAAAUGUUUUUCAUCGAUAUA